AUGCUCAGUGCUCGACAAUACGAGUAUAAAGGCGCUGCAAAGGACACCGUACAAAACCCUCCCGAUAGGAGGACGAGAAUGAAAAAUAUUUUAUUCGUAACAGUUGUUGGAAUCACAAUGUCGAUGACAACACCUACACCAAAAAUGGUGCUGAUGAAGAAGAUCACAGAACUUGUCACCGAAUUUCUCACCGAUGAUCAGCUUUCAAAGGCAAUCGAUAUCGCAGCUUUGGAAAUCCAUAAUGGGAAACGUGCUGAAGAAAUAAUGUCAGAAUUAUACGAUUAUUUUACGAAUGCACUCAAUAAAGAACAGCUGAAGACAUUAACGAAGGGAUAUAAGGGAUUGGUUAAGGAUCUAGGUGACGAAGGUGCCGCAGGUGUUAUGGAACGAGUGAAGAAAGUUGUCGCGUACGCAGUUACACCAGCAAUGGAAACGAUCAGUGAACAAGGAGAAACUCCUGAUUUGGCGUACUUGGCAAUGUCACGACAAAUGACACCGGAUUUUAUGAAAAUUGUCGCUGGACUUGUCCGAGAUACACUAACACCAACUGAAUGGAAUAGCGUGAAGCUGAACUAUGGAGCAAUGUUUAAAAUUUCUGAAAAUCUACCGCAACCAUGCAUCACCAACUCAACUAUAUGGUAA